AUGGAACAUGCUCAAGAACAUGAAGCAUGUCUUGAGCAAACCCAGAGUUAUUGUGUGGAGAGACCAAUAUAUAACCAAGAACUCUUGCAAGGGCAGCUGCACAGACGAGAAAGAACACCUCAGACUUUAAGGCAGAAGAUUGCACGUUCUUGUCGUUGUUCUUCUAAGAAGGCCAAGUCUCAUCUUUACCGUUUCUUGCCAAUUUUAAAAUGGCUUCCCCGUUACCCAGUGAAGGAAUACUUAUUAGGAGACAUUAUCUCAGGUAUAAGCACUGGGGUUAUGCAGCUUCCUCAAGGUUUAGCCUAUGCUUUGCUGGCAGCUGUUCCCCCAGUAUUUGGCCUAUAUUCUUCAUUUUAUCCUGUCUUUCUAUAUACUUUUUUUGGAACCUCCAAGCACAUAUCAAUAGGCACCUUUGCUGUGAUUAGUAUGAUGGUUGGCGGUGUUGCUGUGAGAGAAGUGCCUGAUGAAAUUAUUUCUGUAGGCUACAAUUCUACUAACGUUACAGACUCCAUUGAGUAUUACACUGCUAGGGAUGCCAAGAGGGUACAGGUAGCUGUGACCCUCGCCUUUCUUUCAGGAAUUAUACAGUUGUGUUUAGGUCUCCUUCGAUUUGGAUUUGUAGCCAUCUAUCUAACAGAGCCUCUGGUGCGUGGAUUUACUACUGCUGCUGCAGUUCAUGUCUUUACUUCUCAAUUAAAGUAUCUCCUUGGCAUUAAGACUAAACGAUACAGUGGACCCCUCUCAGUUGUAUAUAGCAUAGCUGCUGUGCUUUCAAAAAUAACAACAACCAAUAUUGCUGCAUUGAUUGUUGGAUUGACGUGCAUUGUUCUAUUGUUGAUUGGGAAGGAAAUCAAUCUCCGGUUUAAGAAGAAGCUCCCAGUUCCUAUUCCUAUGGAGAUCAUUGUGGUAAUUAUUGGCACAGGAGUUUCAGCUGGAAUGAAUCUGAGUGAGUCAUACAGAGUUGAUGUUGUUGGGAACAUUCCUCAAGGGUUACAUCCACCAGCAGUUCCUGAGAUUCAGCUCAUCCCAGCAAUUUUUGUGGAUGCGAUAGCAAUAGCAAUAGUUGGAUUUUCGAUGGCUGUGUCAAUGGCCAAGAUUUUUGCCCUUAAACAUGGUUACACCAUUGAUGGAAAUCAGGAACUUAUUGCCUUGGGAAUAUGCAACUCUGUGGGGUCAUUUUUCCAAAGUUUUUCAAUCACUUGCUCAAUGUCUCGGAGUCUUGUUCAGGAAAGCACUGGUGGGAAAACUCAGAUUGCAGGUGCUCUCUCUUCAAUUAUGGUUCUGUUGGUAAUCGUGGCUAUUGGAUACCUCUUUGAACCGCUUCCACAGACAGUGCUAGCUGCAAUUGUCAUGGUGAACCUGAAAGGAAUGUUUAAACAAUUUGGAGAUGUCACACACUUCUGGAGAACCAGUAAGAUGGAACUGGCCAUCUGGGUGGUAGCUUUUGUGGCUUCUCUUUUCCUGGGACUAGACUAUGGCUUGCUUACUGCAGUAGCGUUUGCAAUGAUAACCAUUAUUUACAGAACACAAAGCCCUCAGUACAGAAUCCUUGGUCAGAUCCCUGACACCGAUAUCUACUGUGAUGUGGAAGAGUACGAAGAGGUUAAAGAAUAUCCUGGAAUAAAAAUAUUUCAAGCUAAUGCAUCACUUUAUUUUGCCAAUAGCGAGUCAUAUACAAGUGCACUGAAGAAAAAGACUGGAGUGGACCCUUGUGCCAUAUCAGCAGCAAGGAGAAAAGCCCAGAAGAGGCAUGCCAGGGAAGUAAAGAAGGCAAAUAAACUCAGAAAGAAAGCUGUAUUGAAACUAGUGAAUUCUUCGACUAACGACAUGGAAGCAAGUGUAAAACAUGAGAUAGCAAAUGAUGAGUUAUCUGUAAAUGGAAAAUUUGCAUCUGCAGAUGCUACUGUACAAGACAUGUAUCCUGAUGAGCAUGAACACUUUGUGGAGCCCAAAGCAAACAUCCACUCUUUAAUUCUGGAUUUUGCCCCAGUGAACUUUGUGGAUUCAGUUGGAGCAAAAACAUUAAAAUCAAUUAUAAAAGAAUACAAAGAAGUUGGUGUCUGUGUCUGCAUUGCCAGCUGUAGUGGCCCUGUUAUGAAUGAGCUGACAAGACUGAAUUUUUUUGAUAACACUGUAACGAGAGAGUUGCUGUUUCACAGUAUUCACGAUGCUGUCCUUGCUUGCCAAGUGAAAGACAGGUCUGCUUCACAGCCUUGACCCCUCAAGAGUGGCACUGAGCAGAAUGGAAGCAAGAUGUACACUGAUGGACACUCUUCCCAAAUAUUUAAUUUGCACAGUUUAAAGAGAGCCUAAAGCUAUUUGUAUCUACGGGUAUAGGGUGGUGUUGAUUUUCUGUAGGAAGAGUGGAUAAGGAAUUGGAAGCCUUCAUGCUGUUGAAUUUUAUCCUUCAAUCAGGGUAUAGCCUUCCAACAACACAGAAGCACAAAAUUAUGCAAGACAAGAAAAUUCAGUGUAUUCUGCUGUAAUUGGAAUCUGAUAG